AGGGAAGGAAGGGCCGCGGUGCCGGCCCCGCUGUCUCCUCCGCUCCCCGGGGGCUCCUGCCCUUCUGUCAGCGGCGUUUGCGUUCUCGGCGGCCGGGAAGGUUCCAGAAAAGGGCGGCUGCGGCAGCCGGGCGCUGCGGGGAGCGGGGCCGCCGGCGCGGUUCGGAUCUUAGCUCGCCAAGAUGCCCAUCGAUGUUGAUGGUGUGAUGCAACUGUUCUGCCAUCUCUCUGAGGAGAAGGGGAUGAAAGCUGCUGUCAAACACUCUGGUCGAGGAGCAUUGCUGGCGGGUGCAACAGCUUUUGUUGGGGGUCUGAUGGGAGGUCCACCAGGCAUCGCUGUAGGAGGAGCAUUUGGUGGAUUGCUUGGUGCCUGGAUGACUGGAGGACAAUUCAGGCCGGUCCCUCAGAUUUUACUGGAACUGCCUCCUGCUGAGCAGCAGAAACUCUAUGAUGAAGCCAUUGUUAUUCUCAGGAACUUAGACUGGACUGAUGUUGCUCAGCUGACUGCUCUUGUAAUGGGAAAUGCUACUCUCCAGCAGAAGUUGACAGCAGUGCUGAUGAAUUACCUCUCCAAAGAGCUAAGAGCAGAGAUACAGUACAGAGAAUAAACCUUCCCAGAGCAGGCUUUUUACAGUGUAAAGAAUUUUAUUCUGAAUGUUGUAAUUCUUCAACAUAGCAAUUACUAGUUAUCAGUUUUAGUUAAGAAUUUAGGAAGAUCUAGGUAUUAUUCAGGAGUUGGGUUUUUAUUUGUUUGUUUUGUAAGGAAAGUAUUAAAUUACUGCAUUAUCCUGACACUGACUUGCUGUGUAAUUUUGAAUUAUUCUGCACUAGGACUGAAUUCAAAAUCACUGAAGGGAAUUAUGCUACACUUACACUAAUGUGUUACUAAAAUUUUUAAAGCCAUUGUGUUUUAUUUGGGAGAUUUAAUCCUGUUUGGCUAAGUGUUUUAAUUUUCUUCAAUGAAUGACAUAUAGGUGCCAAAGUAGCUAGGGCACUUUGCAGAAUUUUACUUACUGUUACAGUCCUGCAUAAAAGAAAGUUAUGAGAAGCUACAUAAUUCUACUGUGAAAUGAAAGAUCUCAGUCCUUAAUUUAUUCUUUGUUGCAUUUUUAUUGUAAUUCUUGAGAUAAUUCUUGAGAUAUAUAGGCCUUUCUGUAAGAAGUUAAGCCAAUGCCUAAACAAGAUUUAAAGCAACAGGUAAACAAACUACACAUUUAGUAGUUCCUGAUGUCUUAGAAUGGGAAGGCAUGGCAAGAAUAUCCUUUAUAAAAAAAUUAAAAAUGGGGAUCUGAAUCUGCCAUUUUUGUACGAUCUGUAGGAUUAGGGUUGUCAUUUCAGUAUUGAUUUCUUGACUGAACCUGAACACCUAGUCCUCUGUUUUCAUUAAUAUCUUCAGAAGAAGCAGCCUGUAUUUCAUUAUAAAGUAAACUAACUCCUUAAGAACUGAGUACUGAAAUUUGAGGAAGAAGACAGUCUUGUACUGGUCAGCCAGCAGCUGGCAUUGGUGGUGUGAGAUGACGUGCUGGCUGUAGUUGACACUAUAAGCAUCAAAUGCAGUGUUGCCAAGUAUCCCAGUCAGUUGUUCACUGUUUGUUUCAAGGCACUUGUAAGAAGACAAGUUUGUAAGUAGAAAAAUGUGCAGGUGUACCUUCUUUUUUGUGUAAAAACAAAUGAAACUGCUCUGAUAAUUUUGUUUUUCCACCAAAAUAAAUAUUUAUUUCUGUGUGUGA